GUCUCUCUCUGAUGCAUUGCAGGAGCCGGAGGAUGUGGUGGUGCCUGCAGGGCAGAGGAGGGCUUGGUGUUGGUGUAUGUGCUUCGGGCUGGCCUUCAUGCUGGCAGGAGUGAUCCUGGGUGGUGCCUAUCUGUACAAAUACUUCGCAUUCCAGCAGGGCGGUGUAUAUUUCUGUGGAAUAAAAUACAUUGAAGAUGGCUUAAGUUUACCUGAGUCUGGGGCAGAGGCUCAGAGCGCUCGCUACCACACGAUUGAGCAAAACAUCCAGAUCCUGGAGGAGGAAGAUGUUGAGUUUAUCAGUGUGCCGGUCCCUGAGUUUGCUGAUAGCGAUCCUGCUGAUAUCGUCCACGACUUUCAUCGGAGACUGACUGCCUAUCUUGACCUGAGCCUGGAUAAGUGCUACGUAAUCCCUCUGAACACUUCAGUUGUUAUGCCACCAAAAAAUUUCUUGGAGUUGCUCAUCAACAUCAAGGCUGGAACAUACUUGCCUCAGUCCUACUUGAUUCAUGAACAGAUGAUUGUUACCGAUCGCAUUGAAAAUGUGGAUCAGUUGGGAUUCUUUAUUUACCGCCUCUGCCGUGGCAAGGAAACCUACAAACUGCAGCGCAAGGAAGCCAUGAAAGGCAUUCAGAAGCGUGAAGCUGUCAAUUGCAGGAAGAUUCGACAUUUUGAGAACAGAUUUGCUAUGGAAACACUCAUCUGUGAACAGUAAGGAGAAAGGUUACUGUUACAGGAGACUUAAACUACAGUAUGACCCCACCCUUUGUAUUGUGUGCAGUGAUUUUUUUUUUUUUU